AUGUGUGGGACAACUCUAUUUGUCGGGGUUGGGAAGGAAUUUUUUCCUCCAGAAAUUAAGGAUUGUGUUUUACAUUCAUUAUCAUCAAAAAUAUCAUUUUCGUAUAUCUUUGAAUCUGGAUUUUUACAACAGAACUCUCCAUUGGUAGCUGGACUUGCUGUUGCUGCUGUUGCUUAUGCUGGUAGAUAUGGGAUUCAGGCCUGGCAAGUACUCAAGGCAAGACCACCAACUGCUAGAAUGCGUAAAUUUUAUGAAGGAGGUAUUCAGCCUAAAAUGACUCGGAGGGAAGCGGCUCUUAUACUUGGAGUCAGGGAAAGCAUCCACGUAGAUAAGAUAAGGGAAGCUCAUAGGCGGGUGAUGGUAGCGAACCAUCCCGAUCCAGGUGGUAGUCAUUACCUUGCUUCUAAAAUUAAUGAAGCAAAGGACAUGUUGCUUGGGAAGACCAGGAGCAGUGAGACUGCGUUUUUGUUUGAUUGAAGAGUCCCAGCAAAUCUUUGGCAGCGGAAUUUUAAACAUAAAAAACUGCUGAAGCUGAAUCUCUUCUACUCGUUUAGCUGGUUGUUUAUGGUGACGAAUUAUUGAUAGCUAAGCUACAUUCGUUCGAUUCUUCAUUCCUAGUGACUGUAAUUUGAUAAUGUAAUGCCACCUUUCUUUUUCCAAGAAGCAUAGUUUUACCUCGUUGAGUUAUUCGGUGCCCCGAAAAAUUUUGCUGGCUAAGUUUGACCUGAUCAGGAUUAAUAUUCUCUUUUUACUUUACUGUACGUUUCAAGUUCUUAA